UUUCUAGUCUCUGAGCGACUACAGCGCUCGCCGGCAGCUCAACCAAUGAGCGAUCAGUGCGGCCGGGGCGCUGCCCAAUCAGGUUGAAGCGGGUCCGUGGAGGGACCCAAUCAGGUUGAGCGCCGAUCUGUAGCCACGCCCGAGCGGGAAAUUCCUCCUGCCGGCUGGAAAGGUGCCGUUGUGUUUUUCUGCAGAGCAAGUGUUGCAGAGGUACAGCAUUGAGAUGGGUAGGCGAGGGUCAGCAAGCGGGAAUUAGCAGUGCAGGUCUUAGUGCUUAGAGAUCAUGCACAGAAAACCAGCGUAAGCUCGGGGUUUCGAAUUUAGAGAAACACGUGGAUCUGUUAUUUGGUCUUUUUUAUUUUGUCACAUUGUAAUGGAAAUUAUUUGGGACUGAAAAGGGCGCACAGGGGUGGGCUCCCCAUGCGUAAAAACAGAAAAAAAUUAAUCCUGCUAAAGUUAGGGUUUGUUUUUUUAUGUAUCUUUAACAGUGCAUGGUGUCUUGCUAAAACAUUGCGAGAAACUCCUAUAUUUUGCUUUUAGUUUAAGGCAGGUUUACUUUUAUUUAUUUUUUUUUAAAAUGAUGGCAACAGGUUUUCAGGAGAGACGAGUCCUGGUUGAAAUUCCUGCACCUCAACCAAAAAUUACAGCUCAUAUAAGAAGAUCCUACUUCGAAGCAUUGAAUUACAGGAUGGGAUCAUCGCCCUAUAAGAAUAAGAGCCUAGCUACAGAGGAACGAGGCCUGUCAGGCGCUGUGAAGUCCUGCAUAAAGAAGCAGAAACUCAACCAGAAGAAGGAGCUCCAGCUGAUGGCCUUCUCUCGGGAGCAGCUUGUGAACCUGGUCAGCUCCCUGAUGCUACUGGAAGAGGAGAGGAGCCCCCCGGCCUCGCGUCCAGACCUGAAGCUCCUAAAGGAAAACCUGCAGCUGAAAAAGACACACGUGUACCGCUCCAUCCCUUAUUCCCGCCUGGGCUCCAACCGAGAUGCCCACUGCUACAGGAAGGCCUACCCCCACCUCGUGGCUUUUAAGAAAACAUGUCUUGAAGGGGGCAGGCUGCUGCUGCAGAGCGAGAUGUGGGAAGCUGCUGUGGAGUAUGGGCUGGCAGCCUGGAGGUUCACCAGUGAGCUCCCCCAGUGGGACACCAGCAGCCACAACGGCCUGAGAGAGCAGUGCUACAGAACACUGGCCGCUCAGUGCUCAGCGGCCCUGCAACACAGCGGCCUAGGAAUGGCAAAAUGUCUGGAGCUGAGAAGGCGAUUCAAAAUAGCCUGGACACAGAGCAAACUGAUCAUGCCUUGUAUUCAAGACCUGGAAAGAAGGAUAGAGAAUCUACAGUGCACCAUGACUGAGUCCUGAUUGAUGAUUGGCUGACGUGAGGAAACAGCCAAGGGACCUCCAAGAGCUUUUUAAAUCGGAUGUUAUGCUAAAGGGAGACUUUUUUGGGGGGACAGGAUACAAUGAAGGGAAUGAUAGAAAAAAUAUCCUGUAUAAAGGAACUUUUUAACUAGAGGCCUGUGCCCUAAUUUUCUGAAUAGUUUGAAGACGGUGAAAAUCCUCAAAGGGACAAAACAACAUAAAAUCCUACUUUAAUGGUUGUGGUAUUGAAGCUUGGUUUGCAGACAGUGGCCACUUCUGUUCCUUUUUCAUGGUACAAUUGCUGAAAACUUUUUUUUAUUUAUUUUCUCGAACAUUAGCAGUGUCCUGUUGCUGCUCUUUAGUAUUUAUUCCUUGUUCAUUGAGUGCAGGGGGGAAAAAGUGGAAUGUUGUGUGACAGAUUAUUACAAAUAUGAAAUUCUGUCUAACAGGAUGUGUUGAAAAUGUAGUUAGUAGAAUAAAUCCUUCACCUGUUGCAUUUAAAUGUCUAUAUUAAGUGUCUUUAAAAGCUACAUGAAAAUGAUGUGUGGAAGGAGGAAGAUGUUGAUUAAACAACUUGACAGCCAUUGACUUGAAGUGUUUAUAGAAAGGUUACUGUAUUUUGCCAGUGUUGGCAUAGACAUUUCUCAGGACAUAAACUAGUCUCUGUACUGGAAUCUAACAAGUUACAGUGUAUAAAUAACCUGAGAUCAUACUUUGUCAGUCUCCAAGAAGGAUUUCUGUGAGUCACUCUUCUGUUAGGUAAGGACUUUCUCAGUUUCUUUUGCAAGAUUGUAUAUGGGUUUUGAGAAAUAUUUUAUUUCCAGAAAAAACUCACUCUUUUAAAGAGGAAGAAACCGCACAAAGGGCAUGACCUUUGAAUUGUCAUUAAGGGCCUGUGUUUUUUAAGAGAUUUCUGUGUUUUUUCGUUAAUGGCACUCACUGAUCUCUUUCUCUAAUACUUGACACAGGAAGCUCUCAAUACAGUCCUGCUCAGUAGCUUAUUUGACAUCUAGCUGUUGAUUAAAGUAAGCUUGUUGUCACAUCCUGUCUUUCCAAAGGAACACAUUCAUUGCUCAUCAGGACGUAGGAACCCAGAUGGUGGUGUAUUUGUCUAUAUGUGUACAUACUAAAGAAUAAAAUUCUAUUUGAGGUAUA